UCUUACAUGCGACGUGGACCCGAGGAUGAGGGCCAAAGAGAACAUCAUGCAUUACUGGAAAAUGCUCAACUCUCUGGUAUGUAAUGCAGAAUAGAUGUUUAGAUGAAUAGGGAACAAAUGAUAUUAGAUUGCCAGCUCUUAUCUCACGCUGCUUCUUUCUUUAUGUUACAGGAAGUGAUCAAGAGGGAAUAUGCCGCCCUCCGGAAAUCCGCCAAGCUGCCUCCUGAUCAUCCAACUCGAGUGCGAAACCGGAGGAAGCAGCUUGAGUAUUUGCGGCUGGAGAAUACUAUCAACCAACAUCUGACCCAGCUUCACCAUGAGUUCCUGAGGGAGCUGAAGCUACAGAAAGCAGCUAGUAGCAAAAAAGCACACAGUCCUGCAGCUGAAGAAGAGGAGGAUGGAGCCCCCGCAGCAGCAGAUGAGGAAGCCCUUCAUACAGAAGACAAGGAAGAGGAAGGAGCUCCCGCUGAAGACCCUGCAGUGGAGAAGAUGAUGGAGGAGCAAGCUCCUGCAGAGGAAGAAAAGGAAGAAGAAGCUCCUGGAGCAGCAGAAGAGGAAGCUCUUGCCUCUCAGGAGAAAGAGAAAGGAGCUGAAGAUAAUGAUGAAGCUCCAACAAAUGAAGAAACAGCUCCUCCCGCUGAAGAACAGCAAGUCCCUGAAGAGGAGGAGAAAGAAGAGGGAGCAGAAGUAGGAGGUUCUGCAGAAGAACAUCAAGUCCCUGGAAUGGAGGAGAAGACGACGGAGGAGCAAUCUCCUGCAGUGGAGGAGAAAGAGGAGGGAGCUGAUGGUGAAGAAGAGAUCAUCAAAGAUCCUCUGGUGGAGGAGAGGCCGACCCUCCGAAAACAGUUCAGGAAGGCCAUCAUGAAGAGGCUCCGGAGAGUUUGGGUAAUGUAUCAAUUUACUGACAAUUACCCAUUAUCUAGAGAUGCCUCAUGUUGUCCAAUGCAGCUCCACUUUACUUCCUGCUGUUCUGAGCAUUUUCAAUCAGAACAAUAAAAGGAAAUCAUACACUGUCUGUUGAUGCCGUAGGCUGAUUACUUUGAGGGCACCCCAUAGACCAAUGUUUGGCUGCCUUUAGGUUGUAAGAGGGUGCUGACAGAGAUAAGUCUGCAGAUAAAGUGUCGAUUCUAUAGUAGGCCAAUAACAGGGGAGGUAGGUAACGCUUAUAGGGCUGCUGGACAUCUGGCUUAGAUAUCCACCUAUGGAAAUGGGUUGCUACUGGGUAAUGGACUGGCGCCAGGUGAUCAAAGCGUAUAAAAGAUUAAAUGGCGCAGGCUCAGACUGAGAUUCAUAAUAAGCCAAGGCAUUCCAUGUGUAGAGAGACCCAAACAGUCCCCACAGGCCCA